GACCCAAUACGGCCAUUGGGCUAUUUGCAGAGCACUUCGUGCAUCCCCAGCAAAAUAACAAACAACAUUUCAUUCUGAUAAGCCUAAGAGUUGAAGAGUCUGAAUACACAUUUGAUCAUAAUCCAAAUUGGCGAUGAAUGUGAAGCUUCUGUGUUGGAUGCUUCUGCUGCUGCUGCGCGGCAGUCUGGCGCAGGAGCAGGAUGAGGAGGAAGUGCAGCAGGAUAUGGAUAUGAAUAUGGUUACAAAGUUGCAAAUUAUGCCCACAGCAGAAGUGGAGACAGGGGCGGAUACGACAAAGGAAGACAAGUCAAAGGAACAGCUACAAAAUGAUCCAGAUCCUGAAUCAGAACCAGAGCCGGAGAAGGAAGCAGAGAUGAAAUCCAUGGAGCAGCAGGAAAACAAGGAUCAACCUGAGCCAGCAUCAGUAACGGACAAACCAGCGGAAGGACACGAAACUGAAGCGGAAACGCAACCCGAUGCACUUAAGCCAAUGGAUCACGCAUCAAAAGAAGAACCCGAAACUGAAGCUGAAGCUGCAGCUGAGCCGGAAAAUGAGCCACAGUCGGACAAGCCAUUCGAAGAGGAAACUGAAAUCGAUGCGGCACCGGAGCCGGCAACCGACACGGGCAAGCCAAAGGAGUCGCAGGAAACUGAAAAUGAAGUCGAACCGCAAACGGAAACGGAAACGGAAACGGAAGCGAACAAGCCAAUGGAGCAUGAUUAUGAGGAUGAAGGAGCAGCCUUAGCAAAUCCACCAACGCCGGAGCUACCAGUUGCACCAACAGCCAUGAGCGCCGCACCAGCACCCACUGCGCCAGUGAAACAGGUGAACAUCCCAUUCGCCGUGCUGCCAAACACCUGCUACACCUGCUCCAGCUAUCGAAACGGAAGCUGUUUGAGACAGCCCAGCGAGCGACUGAAUUGCCCGCUCACUAAGAAACGCGUCGGCUGCUAUACGCUGUACAAACGUGAUACGCAGCUAAUAAUGCGCGGCUGCACAGCGGAUCUCGCGGAGGAGGGCGACAAAUAUUGCCGCAAGGAAACGAAACUCUGCCAGUUGUGCGUUGGUUCGCUCUGCAAUAGCGACCUGGCAGAGACCGCGGGUGCAGCUCAGCUGCUGGCCAGCUUAGCUAUCGUGAGUCUAUGUGUAACACUUGUAUUGGCCUAAGACACAGAUACCCAGCACUCUAACGAUGCAGCUAAUGGAGUCACUUUGCGUAUGUAUAG